GCGGUGCGCGAUGGACGACGACGGACUCCCGGUUUGCACAUGUGGUCCGGUCAACUUAUCAACGAGUUGAAAUGUGUAUAUUUAGAGCAGUUUGCCGUGCUGCUGCUUCUCGUGACGGUGCCCAAGCAGCGGAAGGGAAGCCGACUCGCUUUCAGUGCUAUUAGUGUGCCCACAAGUGUACGAAAACUGAGCCGCACGCGCGCGCGCGCGUCCUGAGUGAGUGUGUAUGUGUGUGUGUGUGCGUGGAUCGAAGACGAGCGGUGGUAGCGGAGAGAAGCUCAUCGCGAAUCGUGAAUCGCGGAUGACAACAUUUUGACAGUGGUGUUCGUAAAAAUUCUUGACAGAUUUACCGCACAGCAAAGCAAGCGGCGGCGUGUGUUUUUAGUGGGAGUGAUACGGGAAAAAUACUAAACGAAGUGUGCGAGUGAGUAGGGAGUCAAAAUAAAAUUUAAAAAAGGAAAAACAGUGCGUUCGCGAGUGAGUGAGCGGUGUACGAUUGCGCGCGCGUGUCCACCUUUUCGGUGUGCCGGUGUGUAACCUUCCGCCGUCGACCGGCUUGUGUUGGUGGGGAAGAUAUUGGAGCUUACGGGUGCCACGUGCACAUCAGUGCCGAUCUAACUAAUUUUGGUGUGCUGGCGUACGUUGUCCCAGUGGUGAAAGCCUCCCUCAGUGACCGACGGGAGUGGAAGAAAAUUCUGUUUCGCGUGGCAAAGGCCAGCUUGCCGGAAAAUUCCUUACCCCCACAGCUUCGUGCCGAUAGAAGAAGAACAAGCACCCAUCAAUCCAAAGACGAGGCACGACGUAGUUGAGCCCACCAUGGAUCCGUACGGGGGGGGCUGGCCGGCUUCACCGCUGCGUGGUGGUGGUGGCGGCAUGUACGACAACAUUUCCAACGAUGGCAUACCGAUGGACGCGCUGGCCGAGCUGCAGGACACGGCGUUCGAGCCCCAGACUCGUGCCCGCUCCAACACCUGGCCCCUCCCGCGGCCGGAAAACUUUGUUGAACCGGAAACGGAGCUAGACAGCAACAAGUGCAGCAAUCAGCAACUUGCCAACACAGGAUCGAGCAACACGCAGCUGCAGGCGGCCGCCUCGUCAUCGUCGAAGAAGAACUCGUCGCGCCGGAACGCCUGGGGCAACCUGUCCUACGCCGACCUCAUCACGCAGGCCAUCAGCUCGGCCGCCGAUAGCCGCCUCACGCUCAGCCAGAUCUACGAGUGGAUGGUGCAGAACGUGCCGUACUUCAAGGACAAGGGUGACUCGAACAGUAGCGCCGGCUGGAAGAACUCGAUCCGACACAAUUUAUCACUGCACAACCGGUUCAUGCGAGUGCAGAACGAGGGCACGGGCAAGUCGUCCUGGUGGAUGCUGAACCCGGACGCCAAGCCGGGCAAGUCCGUGCGCCGGCGGGCCGCCUCGAUGGAAACGUCCAAGUACGAGAAGCGCCGGGGCCGGGCGAAAAAGCGCGUCGAAGCCAUACGACAGCAGGCCGCCCUCGGUCUGGCCACAAAUCCACUCAACGAUGCCACCCCGUCGCCGAGCAGUAGUGUUAGUGAAGGCUUAGAUCUAUUUCCGGAGAGUCCACUGCAUAGUGGCAAUUUCCAACUGUCGCCCGACUUCCGGCAGCGCGCAUCCUCGAAUGCGAGCUCGUGCGGUCGGCUGAGCCCGAUCCAGUCGAUCGUGGGCGUUGAGAACGCCUGGCACUACACGCCGGACGACCUGGGCGACAAUCCCGACCCGACCGUCGAGCUGGAGCUGGAGCUCAGCGGACAGACCCAGGCCCAGCUGGACCAGCUGGCCGGGUCGCUCGCCGACGAACUGACGUUACAGCAUCCCGAUUUCUUCAAAGGGUUCUCCCAGUCGACGGCGAUGCACAGCCAGCCGCCUCCGCCACCCUACCAGACGUCCCAGCUCUACUCCCUCAUGGCGUCGGUCGCACCGUCCGUCGGUCUCCCCCAGCACCAUAAUCAGUGUCCGAUUCACCGCAUACAACAUUGUACCUGCAUGCUACAGAACAACGCGCGUGAGAGCAUCUCGCCGUCGUCCGGAACCGGCAUGUCUCCAUCAUAUCCGCACAGCGAGCCAUCACCUGACUACGCCAUGCUAAUUGGAUCUCGCGUAAUACAAAGAACGCCCUCGUCUAGUCCACCGCUAACGCCAAAUACGAUUUGUGGGAUGAUAGCGCCACCUCAGCAGCAACAGCAGCCGCACCAGCAACAGCAUCAGCAAGAACCAACACCGCAGACGCUAAUGGGUCAAGUGAUGGAAGCUUUGAACAGCCAGACAAACAUAGACGACAUCAACAUCAACAACGUGGAAUCGUUUCCAUGCGUGGACGAGGUACUGAAGCAUGAACUAAGUUUGGAAGGUUCGCUGGACUUCUCGAACCUGCCGCUUCCGCUUCACAACAGCUACGCGGCGCCGAACAAUUCCAACUCGUCCGACUCGUCGUCGGGUAUCAGUGCGAUGACGGCACCGAACGCGAACCAGCAGACGACCGCACAUAACCACGGCCAGUACGCGGCCCGAACGAGCGUCACGCCGCCAUCGUGGGUCCACUAAUCGCUGCACUAUGGCCCCCGCUCUGCAACGGUGUAUCCGUGGAGAUCUUUACUGUUGUAGCAGAAAUGACUACACUGCACUUGGAUCUCUGAACUCAAUAGCUAAACAUCCAGUGAACAUCGGUACACAAAUCGAACCCGAUUGGAAGCAAACAGCAGAAGCAGAUGUCACGUGUUAGUGAAACGGACUCAAACAAAGGCACAUCAGAGCAACCCACGGAGCAGAGUACACGUCGACCUUCUCAAGAUGGGCGCCGUUGGUGGAAACCGUCCGGCAGAGAUCACGUGAAGCUAAAUAACAAAAAAAAAAAUUGUUUUUCAUCUCCCUGUUCGGCGAGACAAAUGAAGCCAAGCUUUUGUACAUAGGUAGUGUUAAAGGCAGUGAAAGUUAUCUAGUAGUACCUAGUACAUAGUAGCCGUAGCCACCGCUCCCUUUUCCGAUGCUUUCGUACGAAAAUCCAAAACGGUUGCACAAACUGCGCGGGAAAGGCGAGAACAGCAUGAGAUUUUUGUGUUGCACCGUCGCAUGGCGAUUAGUUCGAGUUUAGGUUUUUAGUCAACUAAGCCUUCGUUAUCCAAGUGUUUUACAACGAACUUCUUUUUUAAGUUUCAACCCCUUUUCAAUUGUUACAAGUUUGUUAAAUAUUUUACUUUCCCGCCAUGGCUUUGCUAACUCUGUUUAGGGUUUACUUCCCCCUGGGUUAAGUUGUGCUUCCCUUUUCCUAUAAACGGUCCCAUACCUGUAAUGGUUUCGUUUUCCCUCUCAAACACACCACAAGCAUGUUGGUGUGUGUUAAAAGUUUGUAUAAUAUCUAUUUUUCUAUUUUUGUUUGGUAUAUUAAGUAUUUGUUAUGUAAGCUUAUGCCCAUGCAACACUUCAAAGUUAAUUGUACAGUAGUGAGAUGUUUUGAUAGUGAUAAAUAGUAACACAUAACAGCAAGGGAACAGUGUAAAUAAGUGAAGACAAUAUAGGUUUGUUAAAGUAACCUUAGUUCGUAUGAUCGUACGUUAGUUGCACUCGCGCCGAGGUGUAUUCAAGUGUGCUGACUACAGAAAUUACGCACAAGCAACAGAUCACCGGAAGGCCCGCUUUGGUCCAACUUAAUUUCCUCCCUUUGGAUCUUCUGUGAACUUGGUAGAAUACUUUAGUGUAAAGUUCUAAACGUAACUUCGCCGUACCGGCGUGGACUUCGCAAUCGGGCCGGGAACACAUAGGGUUGCUGUCGAGUUGUCAAGCGAGUAGCAUUAGCAUAUGAGAAUGUGGGAGAUAGUGAAGGGCCAAUGUGGAAUGCCCUGAACCCGACGUAGAGUAGCUUCUAAUCAAUAAAUCGCAGUGCCAUUAGGGAGAGCUAAUAACUAUACAUUUGCAAGUGUUGCAGGCAUAGGAGGAAAUAUACAAACUUUUAAGAACUCCAGUCCCUUCAUCUUACCCGCAAUUCCUUCCUUUACCAGCAUAACCCAACCGUAUGGUCCAUCUGCACAUUCGCCUUCGCCAUCUCCCUCAAAAAACCAAUUGUACAGUUCGUUUCGUUUAGGUUUUAGGUGCUCUGGGAAUAAACGCUACUCAAGGUUUAAUUAAUAAUAACUUUCGCUUAUAAACGCAGGAAAAGAAAUCCUUAGAGUAAACCACGGUGUACUGUAGUGGACGCAGAGCAGCGUUUAAAGAACAUGGCUGUAUGGUGAAGGAGAAAUUAGUAGAAAAUAAAAAUAUAUAUACAUGUACAUGCAAAUACAUACAAAUUAUAUUAGCUGUAGAUACAACUACUAUAAGUAACAUGGAAUUCCCUCUCCACCCUAAAGGCGUCUGGGCGUGGAAGUAAUAAUUAAAACAGUUAGUUAUCUACGACCAUAAAGCCGCUUAGAGGUGACGCAACUGAACCAUUUUUUGCACUUUUUUUUAUUGGUGAACUAAAGUUUUGAAAAAAAAACGUAUAUGAAGCAAACACUAAUAGUAACACAUAAUCUCCUCUUCCUAGCAUCUAU